AUGAGUCUCCUCUUUAGUGAGGGGCAGAGGCUGAGUAUGAUGAUCGCAGAGGCUAGCGGACCUUCUAAUGAUCAUACACGACAAUUGAUCGAAGGGAUCGUCUACUCACGAUGGCUGAUCAAGGCCUACCACGCGGUACCUGUCGGCAUCUUGCUGAUAUUCACAACGUAUCAUUGGAUAUCAAAAUUGCGACGACGGCGAGUCACGAAUCGACUAAAUAAUGCUCAUGACACUGGUGGCACGACAUCAAGCUCCUCGAGCAGCACCUUAGGUGGCAAUGCCACACCUCCUGGGCGAGGAAAGACUGGCCAUACCAUAAACGAGCGGACUCUACUGUCACCACGACAAAGUAGAAGUGAGGCCACCAGCUCGUGGACAAGAAUGCAGCGCAAGUUCCGCGCAGUAGGAAUGUAUCAACCGCCCAGGAUCCCGAUCAUUCACAAAACCCUCCCGUCAAACGCCACAACCCUCCUCAUCCUCCUGUUCCUAGGCCUCAACAUCUUCUAUGCAACCUACGACAUCAAAUUCAACAUCCCUCUCGCCUUCGUCCCCGCAGACAGAGCUGGCCUCUUAUUCGUAGCCAAUCUGCCCUGGCUUUACCUACUAGGCGCCAAGAACCAGCCCAUUCGACUGUUGACAGGCUACUCCUACGAGAAUAUCAAUAUCCUGCACCGACGCCUAGGCGAAUGGCUAUGCCUACUGGCGGUCUUCCAUACCGCAGGGAUGUUCACGGCAUGGUAUUUCUUCUUUCGACCUGAUGGAUUGACAUUGUACUGGUUCUUGACUCGGAGACUCGUCAUGAUCGGUAUCGGAGCAUUCCUGUGUUACGAGCUCUUAUUCCUGACAUCUCUCGCUAGCUUCAGGGCGUGGUGGUACGAAAUCUUCCUUGGCUCGCAUGUGGUGCUACAGGCCGGUGCUUUGAUCUUGAUUUUCUUCCAUUUCCACACAGCUCGGGUCUAUGUUGGGAUCUCGUCGGCUAUCUUUCUUGUCGACAGACUUAUCUACCGCAUCAUCAUCAAAUCGACGAGCUUCAAGGCUGAUCUUACUCCCAUGGAAGAUGGCGAGACUGUCCUAGUCUCUGCCGGCUGGCCGCUAUUCAACAGCUGGUCAAGCUUCCUGGGAGACGCCUUCGGCAAAAAUACGAGACAAGGCUGGGAAACGACCGAGCACGUCUUCCUUACAGUUCCUGCGUUGUCAAGAAAGCACAUCAUACAAGCUCAUCCCUUCACUAUCGCCUCUGCCGCGCCAAAGGACAGUGAACACGCCUGGUUCAAUCUCAUUAUCCGGGCACACGAUGGCUUCACACGAGAUCUGGUCGAGUAUGCUCGGGGGCAUUCCGCUGUCAACAUACGGCUGGAUGGACCAUAUGGGUCACUGCAUGCCCUAGAGAUGUUGCGUGAAAGCAACAUUUCAUUACUUGUGGUGGGCGGGUCGGGCAUUGCAGUGGCUUACCCUCUCAUCUGGGCAUUACUGCACGAAGGCGAUGCUGAGCAAAAGGCGAGCCGGAAGGUCGGACUGGUCUGGAUUGUUCAUGAAGCAUCACACGUCGACUGGAUCGGCCACGAACGCCUGAAGGAGCUGCAGGAGAAGGGAUUAGACUUGUGUCUCCCAGCGCCUACAUCCAAAGCUGGUCGUCUGGACAUCAGUACCUUGGUCGAGGACAUGACUUCCAAAAUGCAGGAAAGCGUCUUGUUGGGUAGCCAGAGGGUUGGUGUCGUUGUCUCUGGACCGGACUCAAUGAAUAGAGCAACGAGGAACGUAUGUGCGAGCAUGGCAUGGCAAGGCCUUGACAUAAAUGUAUCCGUUGAGAAGUAUGGGUGGUAG